AUGACAAAGAACAACUCGAUUUUCCACUACAUUAGAAUAUAUAUGAUGUAUGCUAACGGAACUACCAAGUUAAACAAUAACAAAAAUAAAAUAGAUAAUUCUAUUUCAAAUUCUUAUGAAGUUCAAACAUCUACUGAUAUAAAUGCAGAACAAGAAUAUUUUCUUUAUGAAUUAGAAACAACAGAUAGUAGUUCUGUUGGACUUGUAUUACGUGCAAUUUAUGAGGGUGGUGAUGUAGCAAAAUUUACCAGAGCUCUAGAACGAAAAAUUGUUCAUUAUGAUAAAAGUAUAUUAAAUGUUUCAAAUUAUCAUUAUCAGGGUUUUGUUGAAAGUAUGAAACAACUUGCAAUAUUAAAAACAAAAGUUGCAGAGAUACGUGAUAAGGCAGAAGAUAUAAAUGGAAUUAUUCAAAGUAAUGCAACAGAUUUAAUAACUCAUGGUGAGGAAUUAAUAAGAUAUAGGAGAUUUCAGAGGAAUGCAAAAAUUGCUAUGGAUCAGAUAACACAAACAUUACCAAUUCUUGAAAAUUAUUCAAAAAUAAAAGAAUUAAUGUAUCAGGGUAAAUAUUAUCAAGCAUUAAAAAUAUUAGAAGAAAUGGAACAUACUCAUAGGGAUUAUUUAUCAAAAUAUCGUUUUACACAUGCUUUAGCUAAAUCAUUUUCAGGAAUAAGACAACAAAUUAAAGAAAAAAGUUUUAGUGAAUUUACAGAUUUUUUGGAACUUAUUAGUAAAGUAUCACAAAGAAUUGGGAAAUAUGUUAUGAAAAAUUCAGCUGAAUCAUUUGAUCAGGAAAGGAAUGUUAGUGAAACAAUGAAUAUAUCUGAUCAUAAAAAAAGUAUGAUAUCUAAUACAUUUUUAGAAUUAUCAUUUGAUGGAUCAUUAAAAAAAAAGAAUAUAGUUGAUUAUAAGGCAAAGGCUGAUGAUGAUUUUGAUGAAGAAAAUAAUAACCCAUUAGAUAUUAUUGAUUUUGCUCCAAUUCAUCGUUGCUGUCAAAUAUAUAAUAUAUUAAGCGAAAAAGGUACCUUUCAAAAAUUGUACAGAGAUCAAAGGCAGGCUCAGGCAAAUGUUGUAAUUGAACCAUCAUCAAAAAUGACAUCAAAUACCUCUGGAUAUCUUCCCUAUUUACAAAAUAUUGUUGGUUUUUUUGUUGUUGAAGAUUAUAUUUUACAAAGAGAACCACUUUUAAGUAGUACAAAUUAUAAAAAUAGUCUUUGGGAAACAGCAUUAAAAAAAAUAAAAUCUACAAUGGAUAAUCAUUUUGGGCAAUGUGUAGAUAUUGCAAUGAUGUUAAAAAUUAAAAAAAUGAUAUUUUUAUUUGCACUUACAAUGAAAAGUUAUGGAUAUGAUAUACAACCAUUAUAUCAUUUAUUAAAAAAUUUUAGAGAUCAAUAUAAUGAAAUAUUAAUGUCAGAGUAUUGUUCAUUAUUUGAGAAAACACUUAAUAAUGAUAAUUAUACUCCAAUUGUUUGUAAUGAUGAAAAACAAUUUUUAGAUAUAUUAAAACAAUUUCCAUUUCAUAAAAGAGGACUUGAUAAAGAACCAUUUCCAAGAAAAUUUCCUUUUUCUGAUUUUGUUCCUACUGUUUUUACACAAGCUAAGAUGUAUCUUGAGGGAUGUUUAAAAUUUAUGGAACAUUUACAAAUGGGUCAAAGUGAGAUUGAUGAUACAAUUAGAAGGUAUGCUAAUGUUUUAUUAUCAAGAUGGGCUGCAAGUAUAAAAAGUUUUUGUCGUGACAAAAAUAGAAAUCUUGUACAAUUAACACAAAUAAUUGUUAAUAUUGGUUAUCUUGAAAAAGGUGUACCUUAUUUAGAAGAAUUUAUUAAAAGACUUACUAAAAAAGAUAAAAGUUUAUCACAAGGUACUGGGCAUUUAGUAUCAUUAAAAGACCAAGUUUUUAAAGAUGCUAAAUGUGAGGUAGAAAGUCAAAUUGAUAAUAGUUUACAAAGUAAAAUUGAUGAAUUCUUUAACUUAAAUAGUUAUGAUUGGGAUUUACAAGUAUCAAAAGGUGUUUCAAGUGAAUAUAUAACAGAUUUAUUGGCAUUUCUACAAACAAUAUUUGUUACAUUUAAAAAUUUACCACCAGCUUUAGCAAGACAUUUAUGUAUGCAAUUAUGUAAAUAUUUAUCAGAAUGUCUAACAAAGACAAUACUUAAUAGUUCUGUAAAAUCAUUAUCAUCUGGAGCUAUUGAUCAAUUUUCUUUAGAUGUAAUGCAAUGUGAAAAUUUUACAUUACAAUGUCCUGUAUCUGGAUUUGAAGAUGGUAGUUUAGCAAUGACAUUUGCAUCAUUAAGACAACUUCUUGAUUUAGUUAUGGCUGGUGAUUGGAGUACCUUUCUUGCUGAUUGUGGAAAAAAAAAUCAAGGAAAAUAUCAAAGAGUAAAACCUGCUGAAGCAAUAACAAUACUAGAAAAAAUGAUAGAAUAUGAAAAAAAGACAAAUAGCUUUUUUGGUAUUGGUAAAGGUGAAAAAAGAAAACUUUUAGAUACAAUAUUAAAACAGUUAAAAUCAUAUAACUAA